UAUUUGAAAAACACACUCCGACUAUUUAAAAGAACCCCACAUAACAAACGGUGUCGUUGAGCUCAUCACAUGUACUUCCAUAAUAAAGCUACUUUACUAGUUUAACUAGAAAAAAAUAAAACAAAACAAAAGUCUCUCUCUCUCUCUCUCUCUCUCUCUCUCCCUCACAUGGCUCUUGUCUUAAACCGCGUUAGAUCGGCUUCGGUCUUCAUGUUCAACGUAACAUUCCUCUUCAUCUUCGCCGAAGGCCUGCGACCUUCCGAUCAUGGCCUACAGUAUCAAUCAAGCUCACCACCGACUGAAUCUCAAUCACCUCCCGGUAAAAUGAUGUCCUUCUUCGGAGAUUCCCGUUCUUCUCCUCCUCCUUCUCAGCUCCUUCCCAAAGCUACGGAUACAGACGGCGGAGACGACGACACCUGGUGGCGUGACGGAGCUGCCAACAGACGCGAGCAAGUGAUGAGGCACGUGUUUCUUGCGGCGAGCAUCAUAUGCGGCGUCUCCGGCGUUGCGCUUCUUGUGGUUUUCACUUUGGUUUACUUCUUUAGGUAUCGGAAUCAGAAUCAAAAUCCAUCCAACUUACCCUGUUACUGAUUUAAAGUAGAUACUAUUCGAUUUCUGUAUACAUGGAUUGUUUCUAUUAUUUUAUAUAUAUAUGUAGAGCAUUUUGCUUUAUUUCAACGACU